AUGGCGAGCGCCACCGCCAGCGGCCUUCGCCGCCAACCCGCCACCGGCCCUCUCCCCGCUGCCCCUGUCCUCCACCGGAAAUUGGGGGGGAGGAGGAUCGUCCAGUUCACGAGAGGUAGGAGGAGGUGGGAUUACGGCGGCAGGGGCGGUGGAUCGGGGCUGAGAGUCUCUGCGUACAUGGAGAGGAACUCCAGUUCGCUGGGUGGCCUGGUGAGCAAGGUGAUUGGCUCGCUCCCGGUUGUUGGCCUCGUUGUCCGAAUACUCAGCGAUGAAGGCGGAGUCGGGGACGACAUCGUGGACUUCGCCGAAUUUCGGCGGCGGGUAGGCAAGAAGUGCAGUGUCAACGAAUCCCGUGCCUUCUAUGAGUUCCAGGAGCGACGAGGCCGGGUAAUCACCUUCUCUCUGUUGUUUCCUUUCUUCCUUCCUUCAUUCCUGUUAGAAAGUGUCCUUCCUGGAUCCUCGAGGAUUGCAGUUUGCAGCUAACUAUUUGCAGAGUUCUUUCGUCCUGUCUGGCACUGGCGAUGACAAAACCAGUGCUGAUUCGAAUGGCAGCCAGCAUAAAGUUAAGAUGGUCAAAUCUUCGAGUCGAUCGAUUUAGUAUGGGACGGUGGUCUCUUUUUCAUCCAUCCGCCAGUUCCUCGAUGCGCACUAAAUCACUGAGAUAUAGAUAGACACUGUUAGUAGCACCUUCUCACGCUUAGUGGCAUGGAAAGAAUCGUGACACUUGUCCACAUGAGUACACAGGGCUCACCGUUCUAGCAGGUGUGCCAGAGUAGCUAGUCCACAGAAACGAGUAGGAUUUCGGGUGAACAAUGCUUGGUAGAUGAGGUUCCACCUGUUUAUGUCUCCCUUCGGAUAUGCAUUAUAAAAUGAUCUCCGUAUCUGGAAGGAAAAUUUGUUCUAAAUUUUUUACUGGGGUCUUGGCAGGGAAAACUAUUAUUUUGGCGAUUGUAUGUGAGAAAGUGAAGUCUGAUCCUCUGUUUCAGGCAAAUCUUGUGCUGCAGCACAUAUGCAAGAAACUCCGCGUAGAACUGUAGCAAUGCACCGAAUCAUAUGCUCUCACUGGUUUAGUUAGAGCUUAACCAGUGAUUUGGCGAAAGCUGGUUUAGGUAGAGCUUAGCCAACCAUGGUCCAGAAAGAUAAAAGAAGAAAUUGAUGGGUAUGCAAAAAUCAGGAAAAUAUGGGAAACUGGUGAAAUUAAAAUUACAUAGUAUUAAAGAUUUAAUUGUUCUUGAUAAUAUCAGGCUGAACAUCCAUGAUUUUCAUGUUGAGCUGGCCUUAGAGCUGUCUGCAGGUAAACUGGGCUAGAAAUUUGGAGAGGCCCAACAUGGACAAAUCUAUUCCGAGCUUCCUGAAUCUGCCUAAUUCGGCCUGGUUUUAAUAGGCCCAAAAUUGGGACAAAUUAAUUUUUUUCUCAUGACGGAAUAAUGAUUCAAUGCACAAUGGGUUGACCAUUUUGCUAAGACCAAGCCUGUCUCAGUUCCGUUCAGUAUUCUUUUCCGUGGUGUUAAUAGGGCGUUGGAGGCGUCAUGAUCCCCAGGUUUUGUAUUGGUUUUUUAUCAAGAUUUUUUUUUUUUCAUGAUUUGGAAGUUGGAAGACUCGAAGUUUGUUAGAUUGAUUGCUUACACCCGAUCGGCUGUGAACUAGAUGCAUCCUUGACUUUAUUGUUUCAAGAAACUGAUAGCCAAUAGUGUCCGCAGCAGGAGAGCUUCCUCUGAACCAUGCCAAAUGAAAGUUGACCAGAAGACCUGUAUCUAGACUAGCAAAUGCUGGCAUUUAUGGAAUUCUUAUAAGAUCAUGAGCGAGGAUCCAUAUUAUAUACUUUCCAAUUAAUUUAUUGAAGUUAUUCAUUUCUAACAUGUUUUUCUUACGAAAUACAUACCUCGAGCCGGAAAGGAAUAUCUUAGAAUGAGUGGAGGGCCGAUUUAAGGUUGAAAGUCUUCUCCAAAGUCAAAACACAGAUAGCACUCGCAAAACUGUUUGUAAACCCUCCCUAGGUUUAUAAUUCUAUGUAGCUUUUUGUUUGUCACUCUCCAACAGGAGGCGAGGAUUCAGCCAGACCCAGAACGAUGAAUAUAAAUUUAUCGUUAAUUCAAUCAAAUUAUUUGUAUAGUUUCUCUAUUAUUUUCAUUCGUGAUAGUUCUGGACCGCAAACAUUUGUAAUUAUCACUAGAAUAAAAUCAUUAAAUUUAUUUUAUGCAUAUUUUAUUCUAAAAUGCUUUGAAAAUAUGAUCAAAGGGCCCAUAACUUGGGCCUAACCUGUGUUGUUCCUCUUUUCAGGCUGCAGAUCCAUUGUACGUUCUCAUGUGCUGCUGGUUGGCCGCUGUAGGAGCUGGUCUUUUGAAAUCCGAGGAGAUUCUUGAGGGGGUGGCAAGGCUUCGUCUCUCCAACGACAUUGAGUUCGAGGAGCAGAACUUCAUCGCCAUUAUGACUGCCGCAAAAGAGGUCAGUGGCUGCCGUAGAUGUUCUGAACCGCUUUGAACCAGAGUAGCCGCCACUCGUUUAUAUCACUCCAACUACACCAAACCAGUAGAGAACAGCAGAGACACCUAGAGAAAGCUACUCCCUUUGACCGGUCACUGUCUUGGUUUUUUUUUUUUUUUCAUAAAAUCUUCUCAAUAAUCGAUAGAUUACCGUGUAUUUUUUCCCCAAAAACUAUUUAAUUUUCCAAUACCCUUCAGAUCUUGACCCUGAAAUGGCUUGCCACUGUUAAAAGCAGUGUAGUUCGAUCUUGUCUUGACUUUAGGAAAAAUCAUUGGUUUUAGUCAACCAAAUGUAGUGAUUUUCUUGACCCAUCACUUAUUGACCCUGGAAUUAAAAGCAGUGAAUUUUACAGAGAGAUGUUCUUUUAAAUUGAAAAUCUUCCUGGUUGAUGAUCUUUGUUUACCUUCAGUAAAAAUCACUGGAUUUACGAAAACGGCACAGUUUCCCCAGCUCCAGUCCCCAUGAUCACCCCCACCGAUAGGUCAACCCCUGCUGCUUCAGCCUUCUAGACCCCAUCUCCCUCCCCGUCUGCUGUCAUUUUCUCGCUCAUGAUCCAAUGUUAAGCGGAUUUACAGAGGCGGGCAAAGUCAAAGGCCACUGCCCCGGAAAUCCCCAUGGAGAUCCGGGCGGAGAAGGCCCUGGAGGCCAUCUACGUCUGCUGCUACGGCCAGGACCUCAUUGAAGACAAGGAGGAGGUGAGGCUGCUCUCCGUCAUGCUCAACGCGGUCUUCCCUUCGAUCGGCGAGCGCGAGAUUGACCGGAUCGUCGCCACCACGGUCAACGAGAUCGCCUCAGGAGAGAGGAUCCUCUCUCCCCAGCCGACACCGCUCCCCAAGGAGGCGGUGGAUGUGCAGAUGAAGGACCUCCAGUUCUUGAAGCAGUGGAACGACCAGUCAGGCUGA